AAAUGAAUCAAAGUAGAAUGAGUUGAUUGAUUUGGGCAAUUUUUAUUCUCUAUUUAUAAACUUGUAAUAUGCGUUUUACGAAAAUAAGUUUAAGAUGGAAAUAUAGUGAGCGGUCUUUGUUAUAAAGAACAUUUGUACAACUUUUAUGUUCAAUUUGUAAACGUAUAUGUAUAUUGAAAUAUAGUUAGUAUUUUGGUUACAGUGAGCACAAUUUUUAUGUAUAUUUGUUAAUUUUAAAAGGUUUAAACCCUCAUUUGGUCCUUAUAGUUGUGUGUCAAUCUCAAGUGGGUCAUCAUGUUUUUUUCGGUCUCAAUCGAGUCCUUAAACUUGUUAAAAUGAACCAAUUAAGCCCUCUCCAUUAAUUUAUCAGUAACGUCGUUUGCCUUUGCUUACGUGGUGCAUAGAUAAUGAACUCAGUUUAAAAAUUUAAAUAGGUGGAUAAUAGUUAUAUGAAAAAAAUAUAUACGUGGCAGAGAAUAAGGAAAGUAGUGAUUUUGAGUGGGUUUAUUUUUAAGUUAAACAGAAAAACUGAAAUGGGAAUCAGAGAUUUCAUGAGUUAGGGAUUUUGCUGUGGUGAGUGAGUGUGAGAAUUAGGGCUUGGUCGACUUUGCGAAGACGAAGACAAUCACGUGGUGGUGGAGAAACGGAAUUGAAAGUGGAUGCCAGUUAAGGUUAGUAUCCUAUGUUUUCCGCUUUUUGCCUUUACGAAUAUGUAGUUAUGUUGCUUUGUUUAUGCUUUGUUGUGGUCCCGAAUUUGUUUCGUUGUGGUCUCGAUAGUGGUAUGUUUGUGCGUUUAGGUUAUAUUUGAUUUGGUACUGUUAUUGUGUGAUGGGUCCCGAGAUUGGUAUGGGUUAUGGGUCCUGAGAUUAGUAUGUCACUGUUUGUUGAAAUGUGUAGAGUGUUGUGGUCCCAAAAGUGUCUUUAUGAAUUGUUUAGUAGUUGUGGUGACCUUUUUUGUCUGAGUGUUUUCUCAGUGGGGAUGUUAGUUUGUUCCCAUGUCUGACUGUUUGCUUAGUUAGUAAAUAAUGACAAAUAAUAAUAUUCUCCCCCAAUGUACAGGGGUUAAAAGCUUGUGGUUGAAUUAUAAUAUUGCAUGGCUGAACAUAUUAAAGUUAUGGUCCAUCAUUGUGGCCAUUUUGUUAGUGAUGAGAAUGGAAAUUUAAAAUUUGAUGGCGAGAUAGCAGAAUGGUCUUGUGAUCCAGACCUGUGGUGCUAUUUUGGAAUAUUAGCUUCAGUGAAAGACUUAGGUUAUAUAGACAUAAAAGAACUUUGGUACAGUUUAGGAGGUUAGUCAGUGGUGCCAGAUAUGUUAGAAUUAUUGACUGAUGAUAGGGGUGCUAUGCAUAUGCUGAAUAUAGCAAGGUUAAAUGAUGAAGUUCAUUUGUACGUGGUUCAUAAUACCAUGGAACCACAGAUAAUAGAAAUGAUUGAUUGGGUUGAUGGUGAUGAGGUUGAUGGUGAUGUUAAUGAUGAAGUUCAUGUUGCAAGAGAGGUGGAGGGUCAGCCUGAUGAAGUUGAUGUUGCAAGAGAAGUGCAGGGAGAACCUGAGGGUGAGGUUCAUGGUGAUGUUGAGGGUCACUGUGAGGAUGAGGUUGAGGGUGAGGGUGAGGCUGAUGUUCAGCCUGAAGUUGGAACAGAGAUGGAGGAGGGUCACUGUGAGACUGAGGUUGAGGCUCAAGUUGGAACAUAAUUGGAGGAGGGUCAAGUACAUGAUGUAGAUGAGGUUGAGGUACAUGAUGUAAAUGAUUUUGAGCUGGAAGAUGUAGAAGAGGAUGAGAUUGAGGAUGAUCAUGUGGCUGAGGAUGAGGGUGAGGAUGAGGGUGAGGAUGAGGCUGGACAUGAUGGUGAGCAUGAAGAGGCUGUUGAUGAUGGUAAGGAUGAGUCUGUGAGUGAACAUGGUCAAGAUGAAGAUGUAGAUGAGUCUGGGAGUGAAGAAAGUCUAGUUGAUGUCAACAUUGAGUGUGACAUUGGUAGUUAGAAACAAAAUGUGAGGGAAGAACAACCUGGCAGUCUAGUAGGUGAGGCAUCAAGGACAACUGAUAAUGAUUUCAUGCAUGAUGUUUAUGGCUUGUCUAACACUAAGUGGGUGUCAGAUGAGUUGGAUAGUGGUCCAGACAGUGAGGACGAUGAUGAUUCCAUUCGGAGAACCUUGUUUCCCACCUUUAGCAUGCCUAAAAGUUUGACGGAUUAUAAAUGGGAAGUGGGAACCUAUUUCACUGAGAAAAAGGAAUUUACAGAGGCCAUUAGGACUUAUGCACUGAGUAAUGGAAGAAAUUUGAAAUUCAUGAAAAAUGACAAAAAGAGGGUUGCUGUAAAAUGUUUGGGGGGCCAGGGUAAAUGCAAAUGGUAUGCUUAUUGUGCCUACAGGUCUGCUGCCAAGUCAUGGCAGCUAAGAAAAGUUAUUAAUGAUCAUAGCUGUAGUACAAUUUGUAAUGUGAAGUUGAUGACUUCUAAGUGGUUGAGUCAAAGGAUGGAAAAAUUUGUAAGAGAAAACCCUAAUAUGAAAGUGAUGGACAUUAGGGACAAGGUAAGUAGGAAAUGGAAUGUAGGAAUCUCUAGAAAUAUGACUUUUAGGGCAAGAGCCAUGGCAAAAGAUAAUGUUGAGGGGUCAUUCAAGGAACAAUAUAGAAGAAUCUAUUAUUAUGGUCACGAACUUCUGAGAGCAAAUCUAGGUUCAACAGUGAAAAUAAAGGUUGAAAAUAGUAAUGAGGAGUGUAUAUUCCAUAGAAUUUAUGUAUGCUUGAAAGCAUGCAAAGAUAGCUUCAUUAGUUGUAGACCCAUCAUUGGAUUAGAUGGAUGCUUUUUGAAAGGCAAGUAUGGAGGGGAGUUACUAACAGCAGUUGGAAGAGAUGGAAAUGAACAAAUUCUUCCCAUUGCAUAUGUUGUUGAGGUAGAAAACAAAGACUUAUGGACUUGGUUCUUGGAGCUUCUCAUUGCAGACCUUGGUGGGGAAGCUGUUUGUGGAACAUGUACAUUUAUUUCAGACCAACAAAAGGGACUUUUGCCAGCAAUUCAAGAUCUUCUACCUAGGGUAGACCAAAGAUUUUGUGUUAGACAUUUGUAUUCCAACUUCAGAAAGAAAUUUCUUGGAGAAGACCUUAAACGUCUGAUGUGGAGGGCAGCAACAACCACAUAUCCACAACUAUGGGAGGCUGAAAUGAGGAAAAUUAAAGAGAUAAAUGUUGACGCAUUUAAAUACUUGAUUGCAAUUCCACCUAGGUUUUGGUCAAGAUCUAGAUUCAGUCCUAGAUCACAAUCUGACACUCUUAUCAACAACAUAUGUGAGGGGUUCAACAAUGUGCUAGUUAGUAGUAGGUGUAAGCCACUUAUCAGUAUGUUAGAAGACAUUAGGGUUUACAUCAUGAAGAAAUGAGCUACGAACAGGACAAAAAUGGGUUUGUAUCAAGGUUCUGUAUGCCCUAAGGUUCUCAACAAAUUUGAAAAGCAGUCAUGGUUAACCAGAUAUUGGUUACCAAGGUAAGUUCACACCCACAUUUAAUUUUUGAUCACCAUUAACAUGUUGGUAACUGUGUUCUCAUUUUUUUGCUCAUCACAAAUGGUCAUCACAUUAAUUAUUUGAAGUCUUGCACAUUUCACAAUUUGGGGAGCAAUUUGUUGUCAAUAUUGAAAACAAGGAGUGCAGUUGUAGAAAGUGGUUAAUAACUGGAAUUCCUUGCACUCACGCAAUAACUGCAAUGAAAUUCUUGAAUUUAAAUGCAGAAGACUACAUUGGCCAUUGGUUUAGGAAACCUACAACACCAUCAUUUAUCCUAUUAACGGUCAACGUGUCUGGGACAUAACUUCAUAUCCAGAUGUAUUACCCCCAAAGAAGAGGACAAUGCCAGGAAGACCCAAGAAAAAACGAAGACUAGAGCCUUGGGAGUUGAAGAAGAAUGACACUGAAUCAAGAAAGGGUGAGAGCAAAAAAACAUGUGAUGUCUGCAAACAACUUGGACACAACAAAAAAUCAUGUCCACAACGACCUACAACACAAUUUGUGCCUCCACCAGAUGUGUCUGCUGACCAACCUACUCAACAAACACAACUCACAAUCCCUCCACCAAGAGAUGUGCCUAUUUCUCACGAGUCAGCUGAAUGUCCUUCUUCAUGUCCUUCUUCAUGUCCUUCUCCAAACCUUAUUUAAUAUGUACUGAUGAAGGACUAAUGUAUUAUCAACUUUUUUUGGUGUAAUGUGUAUUGCUCAAGACAUAUUUAGUGAUGAAGACAAUGUAGUAUAACUUUUGUUUUGGUCUAUGUGUACUUCAUGAAGACAUAUUUGGUGUA